UGAGAAGUGCGGGCUGGGAAAAAGAUUGGGCAUCAGGGAUGGGAGAGGAUGGUAGAGUGGAAUGUAGGAGGUCUAGGGUGGAAAGACAUUUUGGGUGCUGUCCGAAGCAUUGGGGUAUUAUAUUUCCCACCAUUUUAUCCUGAAAAAUUUCAAGCAUACAGAAAAGUUGAAAGAAUAGCAAAAUGAACAACAGUGAACCCACUACCUUAGAUCCAGGAGUUGUUGUUGUUGUUGUUUUAAGUUAUGCUUUAAUUGCUUAAUAUAUGUUUGUGUGUAUGUGUAGCUACAUGUUAUUACAGGCAUUUUAUGUCAAUUUUGCCACUUGUUGAAAUUUUAGUAAGGUACACAAACUGAUGAUACGUACCUCAUAGAUGUGUUUUGCAGAUGGAGUGAAAUUGUUUAUCUGAAGUGGCUGACCAAGCACCUGACUUAUGGUGCUGGCAUUCUAGAGCAGGCCAUCUCCUUUAAGGAAAGAAAACAGAUCUCAAGUCCAGAAAUUAAUCCUUGCUGAGGAUACUGUUCAUGAAAGACUAUUAUCAGAAUUUCAGGGCAAACAGAUACUAGAUGUGCUGGCCAUUUUCAGAGAGCUGGUGAAAAUGACUAAGUCCCAGGAAUUAUUGUCAUUCAAUGAUGUGGCUGUGGACUUUACCUGGGAGGAGUGGCAGCUACUAGACUCUGUUCAGAAGAACCUCUACCGGGAUGUGAUGUUGGAAAAUUAUAGCAACCUGAUGUCAUUGGGUUAUCAAGCUACUGAGGCUGAAGCAUUCAUCCAGUUGGAGAAAGUAGAAGAGCAAGGGAUAGUAGCGAGGGAAUUCCCAAGUCAGUGCAGUCCAGAACUAAUCUUACAAGUUUAUGAUGGGUAUCAGCAAGAUAAUGAGAAGGAUAAACUGGUGGACAGAGACCAUGAGAAUAAAGCAUUGAGAACAAUAUUUGCUCUGAGCAAAGACUUUGUUUCUUUAAAAGAAAGACCCCAUAAAUGUAUAUCAAAAAAAACAAGUUUGAAACAAAGUUCAGGUUCAAAUUUUCAGAGUAACAACUAUGUAAAAAUGAACUCUGAUAAGUUAAAUGAAGAUGGAAAACCUUUUUUCCAUAUUCUACAAGAAACUUCCCAUAUUCAAGUACAACACUAUGAACAUAAUGCGUGUGUAAAGGCUUUUAACACGAUGACAAAUGUUAAAAGACAUCACGUAAUUCACACAGAAGCGAAACAUUAUGAAUGCAGUGAAUGCCUAAAAUCCUUCAGGUGUAAGUCAAAGCUUCUCAUACAUCAGAGAACUCAUACAGGAGAGAAACCAUAUGAAUGCAGUGAAUGUCAAAAAGCGUUCAGUACAAAAUGCCAUCUCACUCAGCACCAGAGAACUCAUACAGGACAGAAACCAUAUGGAUGCAUUGUGUGUCAGAAAUCCUUCAGAACAAAGUAUCAUCUCAUUUUACACCAGAGGACUCACACAGGAGAGAGACCCUAUGAAUGCAAAGAAUGUGGAAAAGCUUACAGGGAGAAGACAAAGCUCAGAUUACAUUACAGAACUCAUAGCAGUGAGAAACCUUUUGAGUGUAGUGACUGUGGAAAAAGUUUCAUGCAGAAGUCAAAUCUUAUUAUUCAUCAGAGAAUUCACACAGGAGAUAAACCCUAUGCAUGUAAAGAAUGUGAAAUGGCCUUCUGUAGUAAGUCUCAGCUCAUUGUUCACCAUCGAAUUCAUACAGGAGAAAAAUCCUGUGAAUGCAGGGAAUGUGGGAAAUCCUUCAGUAAAAACUCACACUUCAUCACACAUCAGAGAGUCCAUGCAGGAGAGAAACCUUAUGGAUGCAAUGAGUGUGAAAAAGCUUUUGUACACACGUCACAGCUCAUUGUCCAUCAGAGAGGUCAUAAAGGGGGAAAACCUUAUGAAUGCAAGGAAUGUGGGAAAGCCUUUAAUAAAAAAUUACACUUCAUAACACAUCAGAGAAUUCAUACAGGGGAGAAACCUUAUGCAUGCAGUGAAUGUGGAAAAACUUUUAUAGACAACUCACAGCUCGUUGUCCAUUUGAGAACUCAUACAGGAGAGAAACCUUAUGAAUGCAAGGAAUGUGGUAAAGCAUUUAAUAAAAAGUCAUCCCUUGUAACACAUCACAGAAUUCAUACAGGAGAGAAACCUUACGAAUGUAGCGAAUGUGGGAAAGCUUUUAGAGGCAAGUCACACCUUAUUGUCCAUCAGAGAACUCAUACAGGAGAGAAACCUUAUGAAUGCAGUGAAUGUAGAAAAGCUUUCGUAAGAAAGGCAGUGCUCAUUGUACAUCAGAGAACCCAUACAGGAGAGAAACCCUUUGCCUGUCUUGAAUGCCAGAAAGCCUUUAGCAGUAUGGCAAUGCUCAGUAGACAUCAAUUGAUUCAUACAGGAGAGAAACCCCAUGGAUGCAGUGAAUGUGGAAAAGCUUUCCGCCAAAAAAGCCAUCUUAUUAUUCAUCAACGAUGUCAUACUGGAGAGAAACCCUAUGGAUGCCUUCUGUGUGGACAAAUCUUCAACCAGAAGUCACAGCUCAUUAGACAUCAGAGACGUCACUCAGGAGAGAAACCGUAUCGAUGUAGUGAAUGUGGGAAAGCCUUUUUUGAGAAAUCAUACCUCAGUGUACAUCAGAAAAGUCAUGUAGGAGAGAAACCCUUUCAAUGUAGUGAAUGUGGAAAAUCUUUCUCUGUCAAGUUUUUUCUCACUUCACAUCAGGAAAUACAUACAGGAAAGAAACAUCAGGAACACUGUGAGGGCUAGAAAGACUUUAGUGAGAUGUCACAUCUCACUGAAGAUAGGAGGACUCCCUCAAGAGAUAUUUUAUGAAUGCAGUGAAAGUCAGGACACUUUUCCACUAAUUUUAACCUUUGUUAGAAUCAGAAAAUUCUUUCAGGAGAGAAAUCUUCAAAACUCAUUGAAAAUGGGAUAUUCAUUUCCCUAAAAUGUAGUUUCAUAUAUCACUGGAGAAAUCAUUGUAGAGAAAGGCAAUAUAAAUGAAUUUAAUGGUGGAAAUCUUCUUGAGGAGAAACAUCACAUUGUAUAACAUACAGAAAUGCAAUUUUCUGGGUGCAGCAAAUUUUGGAACACUUAGGAAAACAUGUCUUCAUGAAUAGACAGUUUUCAAUGAGGAAAAACAUCCCACACAUGCUGUGAAUACUGGAACACUUCCCACACAUGACUUUUCUUUUCAUACCAAAGAAUGCAGAUGACUGUGAAUGGGAAUGUCUCUGUCAUGAAGUCCAAACUCAUUGUGUAUCAGAGAAUAUUUAUUCAGAAAUAACAUAAUGGAAUGAUGGUGGGAAAGGUUGUUUACUCAUAAAUAAUUUCAUAAUAGAAGUGCUGGUCCUGCCACACUAGUGUGUAUUUAUAAAAAGCAUAACACAAGGUAGCUGGUUACAAAAAUAAAUAAUCUGUGUGACAAAAUAUUUCCUAUCUUAAAAAGUGCAUGGAUUUGAUAGAACAUAAAAAAGGUUAUGGUACAGGAUUAUGUGUGUGUGUAUA